UCGGCGAACGCCGCGCGACCAGUGUCGAAUCGAUCCUCCCGGUCGAGUCGUUACACGAGCGUACCAUUUCGCGCAAUCUGCGUCGCGCCGCGACUUUCCUUUCUUACAAGCAUCCCCGAGAAAUCGAAUCUCGUGAACUAUGUCCGAGGCGCACGUCGACGAGUACGAGCACUUCAACUACGACUACGACAAGCACAUCUUCACCGCACACGGCGGUAAACAGAGGAGCAAACGCGAGGCCGUCGCGCAUACGAAUCACUUCGACCCGAGCGGCCAUUCUAGAAAGAUCCUCACCAAGCUGAUGAACACUGAGCACAACAAACGGCAGACGAGCAAGAGCAAGGCGUAGAGGUGAGGCCUCGCGUCGAGUCGAUUCUACUUGAAUGCUCGUGCUCGAAUUGUCGAUACAUGAUCCGGUGUAAUCAAUUCACGAUCGUUUUUAUUCCCGAGCAAGAAUUACGCGAUUCACUUCAGCUCGCAGCGAGAUUCGAGCACAUUCGUUCACUUUACGCCGAAGGCCGAAGUUGGUUGAAUAUCUUGAACGCAAGAAUCGCGAUAUUCAUAUGUAGCAACCUUCAAGGCGGUACUUACAGAAAUUACAAAUAAUUAGUAAUUUUCGUCUCCGAUUUAUUUCGAUAAGUUAAAAUUCGUUAACUUAACAGAAAUUAUUUUUAAUCAUUCUGCAGUAUUUUAUCAAUUUUUAAACAUUUCUGUGUGUAUUCAAAAAGAUAAAAGGAUAGAACAAUGGAAAAAUCAGAACAACACGGUCGCGUUUAGCCCAUUUUCUUUCUUACCGCGUUCGCUUGCUUUCAUUCCCAAGUGAAAAUGACGCGAUUUGUUUUUAUCUCGCAGCGAGA